AUUUUGACGUUUAAAUUCAUUUGUUAAGGAUAAAUUUAAUGAACCCACCCAAUAUUAGUAAUGUUUCCGUCACGUAAGCUGGUGCAUCGGACAUGCUUCCUACUGAGCAGAACCUUAUACCUCACAUGUUGCUGCGGCUGCUGCUCCGCCCUCCGGCCUCGCUACAAGAGGCUGGUGGACAACAUCUUCCCGGCGUCUCCCCAGGACGGCCUGGUCAAGUCCAACAUGGAGAAGCUCACCUUCUACUCCGUCUCCAGCCCCGAGAAGCUCGACCGGAUCGGAGAGUACCUGUUCCAGAAGGCUUCUAGAGACAUCUAUAGACGACGGCAUGGGUUCGUAAUAAUAGCGAUGGAGGCUAUGGACCAGCUGCUACUGGCGUGUCACUCGCAGACGCUGAACCUGUUCGUGGAGAGCUUCCUCAAGAUGGUGCAGAAGCUUCUGGAGUCUACCGAUCCGCAGCUCCAGGUUCUGGCUACACAGAGUUUCGUACGAUUCGCGAACAUCGAGGAAGACACGCCGUCAUACCAUCGCAGGUACGACUUCUUCGUGUCGAAGUUCUCGGCGAUGUGUCACAGCAGCCACCACGACAGGAACACGCAGGAGAGCAUACGCCUGGCCGGGAUACAGGGGUUGCAGGGUGUUAUUCGAAAGACGGUGUCAGAUGAUUUAGUGGAGAACAUCUGGGAGGCGCAACACAUGGACAAGAUUGUACCCUCUCUGCUGUAUAAUAUGCAGAGCGCUGAGAAGUACGAGACGGUGUCGUGCAUGGACACGGACACGCGCGACGGCGCGGAGGAGGACCCGCCCAAGCUGGCGGAGGCGUGUCUGCGCGAGCUCGUCGGCCGCGCCUCCUUCGGACACAUACGCUCCGUACUGCGACCCGUGCUCACUCACUUUGACCGUCACGAGCUGUGGGUGCCCAACGACUUUGCAGUGCACACAUUCAAGAUUAUUAUGUUCUCUAUUCAAGCGCAGUACUCGUACAGCGUAGUAGAGGCGUUGAUGCAACACUUGGACGCUGCGGCGGGCUCGGAGCGUGCACGCCCGCGCGUGCGUGCGGCGCGUGCGGCCGUGCUCAGCAAUAUCGUGGCCAUUGCAGCGGGCGACAGCGUCGGUCCAUCUGUGUUGGAGAUUAUCAAUAAUCUUCUGACGAAUUUGAGGGCUUCGGUUGCAAGAGAUUCUGAUAAAGAAUCAGAUGAGAAACUUUACCAAGAUGCUCUGAUCAAUGCUCUUGGAGAGUUCGCUGAUCACUUACCCGACUAUCAGAAGAUCGACAUUAUGAUGUUCAUCGUGAGCAAGAUACCAAGCCAGCGCGGCAAGAGUACCAAGGCCGAUGCUAUGCUGCAGAGCAUCCUGCUCAAAUCUUUGCUGAAGGUAGGCAGCACAUACCGCACAGUGGAACUGAGCAAGGCGUUCCCGCCGGCUUUCCUCGAGGCCUUGCUGCGCUUGUCCAGCGCCGACGAGCCGCGAACCCGUGCGUUGCUACAGCGUAUACUGCACACGCUGUUGGACAGACGCACCAACCUGCCGUCACUGGCCACGGUCACUGUAGAUUAUGCAGAAUUAGGUCUCGUGGUUGAAAAAUGUUCUCGCCCGGACCUCAUCUUCAUCAGCAAACAUGGAUAUGCUAUAUUCAGCUCGCUUUAUGAUGGUCUUCAAUUGGAAUCGAACACGGCGGAGAACGUGAGCGCGAUCUACACGACGCUGGCGCUGCUGUGCAUUGAGUUGGCGUCCGACGAGACCGUCUGUGACAUGUUCCAACUUGUUCUCUCAAUCCAGCAGUCAGCGCUAUCGAACCCGGUGCUGACGACGGCACAGCGCUGUCAGCUCGCCACCAUCGCGUUGGCGUUGGCGGCGCUAGUGCCGCACGUGCUGCGUCUGCCGCGCGUCAACGAGUAUAUAGCACAGAUAGUAGACUCGAGGCGCGAGGAAGGGAACCACCUCUUGCCGCCUCUACUCGACGACUACGACAUUCCGCCUUCGAAACAACCGAACAAACUGCCCUACCUUAUGAUCGACCAGAUGGCGAUAGCAGAGCGUUUGACGGCGGACGGAGCAGACGCGUCGCGUCUCACUACGCCGUCGCCGUACGUGCCCGGCGCCGCGCACGCACACAGACACAGCUGGCUCGAAACCGGAGCGGCGCAAGGUCGCGAUAGCUUGGCCGAUAUAUCCGCCGGGCCGGUCACCGAGUUGGACAGCGCUAACAGCUCGCCAGGAGUACAACGACACCAAUGUUCGAGUGAGAACGUGAGUCUGGAGGCGCUGCGUCGCGCGGCGUGCGGUCCCACGGAGGCGGACAAACGCGAGGCAGAGCGACGUCGCGCGAAUCUCAACAACACCUUCCGCACCGCACCCUUCGAUCAUCUGCUUACGCUCACGCAGCCUAAGUACGAGAUCCAGGACAAGCUGGAGGAGAUAUUCAAGUCACUGUCGGAGGAGCCGCUGCUGUGCAGCACCAACUGCAGCUCGCCCGCCAAGCGCCUAACGCCGCCCUACUCUUCGCACUUCCCCGACCUCUUCCUUUACUGAAUGCUGGAGCUGGACCGGUUUAUAGCUUUUGCUAAAUAAUCGAAGCUAUCAAUUAUGCGCUACUGCCACGAGUUACUUAAUGCUUCCAGUUAUAUCGAGCACACUAUAAUGUAUGUGUAUCACUUAUCAUGUGUUAUUGCAAAACUGUAGCUGUACCAUGAGUUUAAAGCU